AUGGCGACCAUUCAUGAGAUGCCACCUCCAGCGCCAAUUGUCCCUCUUAGAGAACAAGUUGAACUUGGCCUGGCCACAGCAGAGAGACAUCAGCCUCGGACACUUGAAAUCCAAAAGCCCGAGUUGGCCGAAGUAACAUCCUCGACCGCUCCCUUGACCAGCUUUCCUAUAUUUGAACCCAGACAAACGACUAGCCGUAAAGAGGCCUUCGAACUUUCGUACAUCAGGGCGAAAGCCCUCAAUGUACACUAUGGACUCACAACUGAUGAUAUUGUCAAUCUAUCGCCCAAAUUCUUUGAUAUGCAUAGAGAUGAUAUAAUUAUUCGAGAUAUCGGUGCUCAUGCUCUGCUGUCAAUACAACACAACCUAGUGGCGGGCACUCUGGCCCCAUUUGCCAAAGCGUCGACAAAGAUUCAGGGACUGCUGGACGACGUAUUGGCAUUCAAGGUCUCAGCGGGCUUUAUGCUAACAGAGAUCGGACACGGUCUUGAUGCCAAGAACUUGGAGACAGAAGUUAGACUGCAGUCCGAUGGCAGCUUUGUUCUCCAUACCCCCAGGCUCGAGGCUUCUAAAUUCGUUCCCCCAUCUAUGCCCGUGGCUGGUGUUCCACGCAUUGCUGUAGUUAUGGCAAAACUUGUAGUGCACGGCGAAGACUUUGGUCUUCGCCCUGUCGUGGUGGCUCUCAGUGAUGGGAAGCAAAUGUGCAAGGGUGUAACUUCACGUCUGUUGCCUUAUAUGAGUGGGAUUCAAGCCCCGUACGCCAUCACUUCCUUCAACAACGUGGCUUUAUCUAGCACCGCCGUUCUCGGAAGCCUUGAAAGGCCAACAUCUAUGCGAGACAACUUCUUCCACCAAAUCGCUCGGAUUGCACCAGGCACACUCGCAAUGAGCAUGAUAAUGAUCCCUGCACUCAAACUCGUAACCUACAUCACCGGCAAGUACAGUUUACGCCGUACUGUCGGUGUCGCCAACAAAACAAGAAUUCCUAUUAUUUGCUUCCGCACACAACAGAUGCCGAUAUUGCACGCAUUGGCUCAGCUUGCGGUAAUGACGCCUUUUGCAAACAAGUGCAUUGAGUGGUUCAAGGAUACUUCUUUCAAGCCUCAAGUACGCCAAGGAUUCGCAGUCAUCCUCAAAGCCGUCUUUAUUCAGAUGGCGCAGCGGAGUAUUCCCGAGAUGGUGGAACGAUGCGGCGCCCAAGGCCUUUUUCAGCACAAUCAGAUCUGUGACGCAGACAACAUGAUUCGUGCGUGUGCCAUCUCAGAGGGAGAUGCAUUGGUUGUCAGCAUUCGUCUUGCUGUUGAGCUUUGUCUAGGCAAGUACGAAAUGCCCUCUGCAACAAAGACCGAUUGUCUAUUGGCCAAAUACGAAGCUGGUCUGGCACAAGAAGCCUGGGACAUUGUUAGCUCCAUUCCGGCCGAGCACCAUAGCCAGGAGUUCAACCGGCUCUUCAUCCCCCGGUGCAAGCCACUGGUAUUGGGUAUUGGCCAUCGAAUGGUGUAUGAGACUGCUCUUGACGCUGGCGUGGAUUCUGACCUCCUUGCUCUUUACGAAGCAGGCGCUCUCAAGGAAAAUCUAGAUUGGUAUACUGAGAAGGGUCUCCUGACGAGGCAAACAUUCCGUGAAAUGGAGAAUAGGGCUCUCGAUUCUGUUGAGCCUCGACUGGAUGAGCUCUUGAAUGAGCUCAAUAUGGAGCCAUAUGUUACAGCACCGAUUAUCAAGGAGGGUCUAUUUGAUGACUUUGUGCAAGGGCUGCCUACGUUUGAUGGCACAACUGAGUAUUCUGUUCUUUGA